AUGUCCCAAGAACCUAAUUCGAAUGAAGCUCCAAACACGUUUCCAUCGAAAGAAGAUGCCGUUGAAGUAUUGCCGUCAGAAAUUAAAGCUUAUGAACAGUCGCUACUCUUCGUUGAAAGAUUGCUCACCAUCUCAGUUUCGACUAUUUGCUUUUUACGUGGUUUGUUUCCCAAAGACGCUUUCAGAGACCUGCGCUAUGACUCCUCGUGCUUAAAGAUUCUGUAUACCGGUAAUUACAAAGCACAGUGGCUCAUACAGUGCUUGGGUGGUGCGUUUGAUGCGCUGCAAAAACAAUAUCUGAGACAACUAAUGCUUGGCGUAUAUAGAAAUCCGAAUGAACCAGACACGGUUAUGGAGUGCUACAAAUUUGGGAUCGCUUAUCGUAGCAACGGGCCUGAAUUAGAGCUCACCGAUGAGACGAGAAAGCAUACGAUUCGUUCUGGUCAGCAGGUCAAAAGUGCCCUUGAAAGGUCGCUUUUUAAUUUUCAUACGUUGUGUCAGAAUCUCAAGCAUAUCGACGACGAAGUUUUCGUCACAAUAAAACUGUUGUAUUACAACGACCGUACGCCAGCUAGUUACGAACCGCCAGGAUUUGGUCCAGGGAUUCACGAUAAUUUUAACUUCCGCUUCGACUGCCGUACCGUUAGGCCUGUAGUGAUGAAGGCAUUCAAAACAAAAACCGGCUACCAUUCGCUGAAUCUGUGUGUCGAAUCAGUGCUCUGUGCACGUGCAGAAAAUGGCGAAUAUGCGGAGAAAACGUGCUGUUUGCGAUGUGCGUUAAAGAAGUUAGGAAUGUGCCACGAUAUGAAAGUUUUUUCGAACACUAAAAUUGCGAGGUUAUUGGCCAUCUACCGUCAGGCAAUCUAUGCUCUGAUGACGAAUCCGGAACAGUGCAUAACGUUUGAUCACUUUCGUAAUAUGCUGCAACAAAAACCAAAGGUUUUGGCGAAGGUGUGGCAAUCCCUUGAAAAACGAAGAUGUUUGUCUGGCGUUGGAAGCGAAAAACGAAUCGUUCGACAGGCAGUUAUCCGAAUUGCUGGGUUGCUGCUCGAUUUGCUGCCCGAAGAUGCUUCAGGUCACUCAUUAAAAAACACCAAGGACUUAAAGUAA